CCAUGUGCUGGCUUGCAAUGCCCCAGUCUCGUCCCGGAGGAGUCUGUCUGCUUGCGUUAGCCGAGAUUGCCCACUCCCACGCCUUCAAUUAUUGAUCGUGCGCUGCCUUCCUGCCUCUUUCUCUCCCCCCCUGUCUCUGUGCCUCCGCUUUCCCCGCCUUUACCUCCCUCUCCCUCUCCCGCUCCAGCACUGCAGCAGAGGGAGGACUGCAACGUGCAGCCCACACAACCCCUUGUCCGCCCCUCCUCUGGCUCUGUCACGCCUGGCGACUCCUCCAGGAGACGCCGCCGUCGCCGCCGGCAGCAGCGCCGAGCCGAGCCGAGCUCGGGAGGCAGGAGACGGUGACCAGCUCCGCACGCGGGGGGCGGCUGCUGGGUGCCGGCACCGCGGGGGUUCGGUGUGUCCUCGCGGAUUAGAAAACCACUUCAGUUACUGGAGAAAAUAUCACUUCUGCUUUAAAACUAUAUCUUGUUGAAGCUGAACAUGUUCUCGCAUCUCCACUAUUGAUGUCUAGCGCAGAAUAGAUAUUUCAGACAGAAUCAAUAAAUCCAUUUGCAGUAGGACCAUCGUACAUUAAUACAAGAUGGAAGACACAUACAAAGACAGGACUUCAUUAGUGAAAGGGGCUAAGGACAUUGCCAAGGAGGUGAAGAGACAAACUGUAAAGAAGGUGAAUAAAACGAUAGACAAAGCUCAGGAUGGGUAUACACAGAGAUCCUACAAACAAUUCAAGGACGAGGAAGAUGAUGACGACUACUAUACACAAGGAGGAAAUUAUGAUGGAGAAGCCAAUGAUGAUGAAGGGUCAAGUGAAGCAACUGAAGGGCAUGAUGAAGAUGAUGAGAUUUAUGAGGGGGAAUAUCAAGGAAUCCCAAACAUAGGGCAAGGCAAGGAUGGCAUAGUGGCCCGAGAGCAACCCAUCCAUGAUGAGUAUAAGGACCGUCAUGAACUGGAAACAGAGAGGAAAGCUGAUGAAGAGGAGCUAGCGCAGCAGUAUGAGCUGAUUAUACAAGAGUGUGGACAUGGCCGUUUUCAGUGGGCCCUCUUCUUUGUUCUUGGAAUGGCACUAAUGGCUGAUGGGGUAGAGGUUUUUGUGGUUGGAUUUGUGUUGCCCAGUGCUGAGACAGACAUGUGCAUACCCAAUUCUGGAUCAGGAUGGCUAGGUAGCAUAGUGUACCUUGGGAUGAUGUUGGGGGCAUUCUUCUGGGGAGGCUUGGCAGACAAGGUGGGAAGGAGGCAGUCUCUCCUGAUAUGCAUGUCUGUCAAUGGAUUCUUUGCCUUCCUGUCAUCAUUUGUCCAGGGCUAUGGCCUCUUUCUCCUCUGUCGCUUAUUUUCUGGAUUUGGGAUUGGUGGAGCUGUUCCAACAGUGUUCUCAUAUUUUUCUGAAGUUCUUGCUCGAGAAAAGCGUGGUGAACACUUAAGUUGGCUGUGCAUGUUUUGGAUGAUUGGAGGCAUCUAUGCUUCUGCCAUGGCUUGGGCAAUAAUUCCUCACUAUGGAUGGAGUUUUAGUAUGGGGUCUGCCUACCAGUUUCACAGCUGGAGAGUAUUUGUAGUCGUCUGUGCACUGCCUUGUGUCUCCUCAGUAGUAGCACUCACUUUCAUGCCAGAAAGUCCAAGGUUUCUGCUGGAGGUUGGAAAACACGAUGAAGCUUGGAUGAUUCUCAAGCAAAUUCAUGACACCAACAUGCGAGCUCGUGGUCAGCCUGAAAAAGUCUUCACAGUUAAUAGAAUCAAAACUCCCAAACAGAUAGAUGAGCUCAUAGAAAUUCAGAGUGACACAGGAACCUGGUACAGAAGGUGUUUUGUUAGAAUCCGCACAGAGCUAUAUGGGAUUUGGUUAACAUUUAUGAGAUGUUUCAGCUAUCCAGUCAAGGACAAUACAAUCAAACUUACAGCUGUAUGGUUCACGCUGUCUUUUGGCUACUAUGGGUUGUCUGUUUGGUUCCCUGAUGUCAUUAAACAUCUGCAAUCGGACGAAUAUGCAUCCAAAGUGAAGCGUUUUAAUGGAGAGAGAAUUACAGAUUUCAGCUUCAACUUCACAUUGGAAAAUCAGAUUCACAUCAAUGGAUCAUACAUCAAUGACAGGUUUAUUAUGAUGAAGUUUAAAUCAGUAACCUUUGAAGAUUCCCUUUUUAAGAAUUGCUUAUUUGAGGACAUUACUUCUGUGAGCACAUACUUCAGGAACUGUACUUUUGUGGACACCAACUUCUCCAGCACAGAUCUUGAGCAAUAUAAAUUCAUUGACACCGAAUUUAUAAACUGCAUAUUUAAGCAUAACAAGACAGGAUGUCAGAUUACCUUUGAUGAUGACUACAGUGCCUAUUGGAUUUACUUUGUUAAUUUCCUGGGAACUUUGGCUGUGUUACCAGGGAAUAUUGUAUCUGCUCUUCUGAUGGACCGAAUUGGACGUUUAACGAUGUUAGGUGGUUCUAUGGUACUCUCUGGAAUUAGCUGUUUUUUCUUGUGGUUUGGUACCAGUGAAUCCAUGAUGAUAGGCAUGCUGUGUUUGUACAAUGGUCUCACCAUUUCAGCAUGGAACUCCCUUGAUGUCAUUACUGUGGAACUGUAUCCUACAGACAGAAGGGCAACAGGCUUUGGCUUUUUGAACGCACUAUGCAAAGCAGCAGCUGUACUUGGAAACUUAAUAUUUGGUUCACUUGUUGGCAUCACCAAAGCAAUCCCCAUUCUUCUAGCUUCAACUGUUCUAGUGUGCGGAGGUCUGGUGGGACUUCGACUUCCUGACACAAGAACCCAGGUGGCACUCCCUUGUGUCAUCCCUUCGUCAGAUGACUGCCUUGUACUUAUUGCACAUCUCGUUUCGAAAUCUGAAGCCUCUGUACAGAUUUAGAGUGAUGAUCAACAACCAGUGGUAAAUAGCAUUUUUGCACCACACACUGUCUAUUUCAAGCGGUAUGUUGUGUUCAGUUCUGCAUGUUACUUUAAAGAAUUACUAAAUUCCAUAUGUGCAGCGCUAUGACCAGUGUGGGGAAGAGGGAACAUAGGAAAGUAAGGAUCAGUUACUGAGGGCUCCAAUUCAGGGCUGCCAUGCUAAAAUCUCAUUACAUUCAAAAAUGUGCUCAGUUUCUGUUAAAAAACAACAACUCCCCACUAUUUCACCAUAAUCCACAACACUGCUGGUGAUUUUGCUAAAUCUAGGCUACAUCUCAGAUUUCUUGCUUAUAGCCACCUCAUGCAUGACUCAGCCUCGAUACAGUGUAGCCAACAACAUUAGAGCACAUAGUGUGACUGGGGGCUAUGGCAAGCAAUGUAAACUGGCCUACAGAAAAAGAAAAUACCUGAGUGCAUGGAUGCAGCUCCAGGAUACCAAUGAAUGUUAUAAGAGCCUUCCCCUUCCUCCGCCCCCUCUCCCCCACGAAAAAGGUGAGAUGGGGUGUGGGAAAAGAAGGGAGAGCAAAGGAGGAAGGGAGGAGAAGAGAAAGGGAAAAGAAAAGGAAGAAUAGAAGGGAAGAGGAACAAAGAGAAAAUAAGUGUAAGCCCUCCCUCCUCCAUAUUCCCAACAUGUUAUGCUAUGAGGGCCAGAGCAGAGAAUAUGAUUGUAGCUGUGUACAUACAAUCAGAGGCUUGGUAGUACAGCCGCUUGGAGCACCAGUAUUUGACCUUUGGAGGCUUUAGAUCCAGGUGUUACUCUACUUCGUUGAAGAAGAUCAAUCACAUGCAGCUUCAUAGGAAAAUGCCAUAUACUGUGUGUGUACAUAUUAGAGAGAACAAACCAAACUGGCUUAGGUUAAUGUACCAGAGCCCACUAAUGGAUGAAAGCAUAACUACUUAUCUGUGUGUCAUAGUCCUUAUCCUGCUGUGAGGUAACAGAGAUUCUCUUUCAGUUCAAGCCCUUGUUAUUUGUGCAGGAAGAUGCAAGUUCUAGCCUUUUUUCUGCUUUAAAAUUAAGAGGGUUCAACAUAGUGAUAAUGCUUGUUCAAGGUAGUCAGAGAUUUAUAACUGUAGAAAGAGAGGGCUAGGACUAGAACUGCAUGGGUCCUGCAGGGCGAGACUGAAGUGGGCUGGCACAGCGAUGCAGGGAAGCCUGCCUUCAUAGUGCCUGGUUCUAGCCAGUGCCUUCACUGAGGACAAUCACGCAGCCUUUAGUCACAGAAGAAAAGAUGCCAGAGCUCCUUACCUGAUAGCUCUUGCCCAGCCGCCUGCUCCCUGUUAUUCCCAAGAUUUCCAAACAGGCUAUUAAAUCUAUCAAGUCUCCCUUCUUACUUUUUCCUUUCUUCUCCCUGAUCCUACCAUUCUAUUGAUUCCAAAUUAACUUGCCUUCCAAAAAUCCUCUUCUAAAUUUCCUCACUUGUUCCUCUCAAUUGUCUUUAAUUUCCUUAUAUCCUCCAGUAAUAAGCCAAUGCUCCACCCUUUGGGUUUGAGGUCAACACUUCUUUAAUCCAGGAGGGAAAACAAGCUAAAGCAAAACAGCCCUUCAAGUUGUCUCCAUCAUGGGAAGCAGAUAGUCUCUGAAAGUUCAUUUAAUAUCCAGGUGGCCUAACUAACACCCAUAAUCAAGGAAUAAAGAUCCUCCUGUCAGAAGCUCCACUUAUCCCUUUAGUUGUGGUGAAUGAAGAUCAAGGAAAGUGCCCUGGUACUGUCACCAAGCUCAGCUCCACUUGGGAGGAAGUUUCAUUCUUCUUUCCCAGAAGCCCCACCCUUUUUCUUUCAUGGCGCCCCUGGAAACCUCACUUUCAUAUAGCUGCCAGCCCUGCUUUUGAGGCAUAUCUGGCAGCUCCACUUUCCCGUAGCCUAAUGGAGCCAUAACUGUCAGCUCCUUUCUCUAGGCCUGACAGCUCAGGCAGUCUCUAUUGGCUGGGCUUUAGCCCUUUCCCCAGUGAAGGGUUUUAAAACACUUCUUCAUUCAGCCAGGAACAGUUACAUACAUCCUAUCAUAGCGCCCUUAUCCAACCAAGGCAGCACUAUUUUAGCCUAACUUGCCUGAACAUUUUAUUUUUUUAUAACAUUUUAUUUUUUUAUAUUUAGCUGGAAAUGGAACUACAGUUCAAACACAAGGUUAACAAUGAAUCCUCAAAACCAUACAAUCCGUGGGUCACAUAUACAGGAAGUGCAAGCAGAGCUGUUCCUCUUCCUCCAGAAUGUGGGGAGAAAAUGCUCAGCAAUCAAAUUCCAGAAGAAAACAAGUCAGAAGGACUACUUUCCUCAGCGUUUCCUGCCUUCCUGUUCACCAAACUCACUGUCAAAUGUCAGCCCGUGUUAAUAAGAUCCUUUACUAUCAGUUCAGGAAACACAGCAUGAAGAGAGAGCAGGUGGGUGAGGUAAUAUCUUUUAUUGGCUCAACUUCUGUGGGUGAAAGAGACAAGCUUUUGAUAUCCAGAGAGCUCUUCUUCAGGUCCUGAAACUUUAAAGCUUGUCUUUCUCACCAACAGAAGAUGGUCCAGUAAAAGAUAUUGUCUCACCCACCUGGUCUCUCUAAUAUCCUGGGACCAACAUGGCUACCACAACACUGCAAACAGUAUCAAAAGAGAUACUUUAGCAUGCAAAUAAACACAAAACUGGAUUUUUGCCACAAUAUGGCAAACACGUGUCAGACACGUGAGUUUGUAACACAAAAGCAGAAUGACAAACUAAUUAGAAAGCAUUAGUUUGUAGUAGAUCUUUUCAAGCUCUGUAGAAGAGAGUGAUUAAAUUAUGGUCCUCGGGUUGACAACAUCCUGCUGGUGUCUGCUACGUGGCCCAAUUGAUCUUUCUGAAAACUUUCAAGCAUGGUGUGUGCUUGUGCAGUUUAACCAGUUUAUGGGAAACAUUUUUGGGCCUGUCACUGUUUUUAUCCUUUAUUUUUCUUACAGUGAUCUGUUUUCCUCCACUUCUUUUCUUGGAUCUAGGAGGAUCCUUCAACAUUUAACCCUGCUCUAGAACCUUAAAAUUACUAGAGAGGACUCCAGGCCACUUCAGGACUUUUCUUUGAUCCAGAGGUUCAGUAAACAUGGCAUAGGCCUAAGACUCAGUGUGCCUGAUUGAUUCUUCUCUUGCUUACACCAGUUUUACACUAAUGUAUUUCCACAUUUACCGGCUUGUGCAGAGCUGCAUCCAGCCCAAAUAAAAUAAAUUAAAAGGAAGUAGAGUUUGUCUGCAGUCUUUUUUCACCUAAAUUUAUAUAAAGUAGGGUGAAAUUAUCUGCUGCGCUGAGACUCCUCUUAGUGCAGCAAAAACGUGACUUUGGGGAGCCUGUCAUGCCUCCCUUAUUUUCAAGGCUGAGUAGAUUUGUGGGACAAAUCACAAAUUCAGUUGCUUUCUCAGACUGGGGCUUUAAUGAUCUUCUCUAUAGUGGAAUUGUCUAGUACAUGUUACUUUCUCCUCACCAUACCCCUGUGGACAGUCUAGUAUCUCAGGACGGGAAAGGGAUUGCUUAGCCACGAUGGUCAUUGGAUAAGAGUAACUCAGCACAAAAUAGAACUGUCCCUCCCACCCACCUUCUCCAUGGAUAUAUAUUUAAUAGGACAGACUUCCUAGGGGGCAUGUGGGAGUAGCUGACUUAUGCCAUCUUGUCAGCUACUCCCCCUUCAGUUCCUCCUCUGAGCUGCAGGCUAUAACCAGGGACAUCAGUCUAGUAAUGAGAGGGAGGAUCAACGUGGGGGACUGCAGUUUCACUUGAUCUCUCCAUGGCCAGUCAGCUCUGCUACUUUCUUCUUGGAUCCUAAAGAUCCCCGCAUCUUCUUACCUCUAAGUUUGGCCACCUACCAUAGCCUGGGCAUCCAGGACCCCUAGAUCUGAACCAUGAGCCCCAGCAGUGCAACCGUAAAUGGCAAUGCCAUAAAUGGACACUGUACAUCACUGCAUCUAAACUGCUGAGAGCAAACCACUCUGCCAGGUGCUCGUAUGGAUCUGUGUUCUGUAGCCCUGCUCCCAUUUCAUGGGUGUCUCCAGCUAGAACUGCCAUCUAGUGCUUUUCUCUGCCAAUCACUGCACACACUUUCUAACUCACUCCCAUUAUACUUGUCUGGCAUCCCACUAUCUACCUGGUAAAUUCAUGCCUAUCUCCAGCUGAAGCAAUGUGGCAGGAUCAGUUUCUCAUUCUCAACAGGACCACAUUUGCUCAAUUAAGAAAAAAAGAUGGGGGAGGAGAGAAGAGGGGAGAGAGAAAGUGAGAGAUUAUGAAAUAGAAUAAAACAAAACCAAAAAAAGUCAGAACUAGUAGGUUAGAGACCUAUGGUUCAGGUCCUAGUUUUUUUCUGCAGUAAAUUUUCUUUGAAUUCUAGUCACUGCCCUGAUAUAAUACAGCUACGUGAGUAUUGUUUAUUGUAAAGGAGAUGUACUGUACAGUUUUGUGAAAAUGCAUGUACACACACACGCACUCCUCUGUGUGUGUAUGAAAAGUGUAAGAUUUUUAUACACUAUAAAACUUAAUUCGAAAUGUUUUUUAAAUGCAGUUUCAUUCUCAGGGCCAUUGAUUGCCAUUUGCUGCAUUAUGCUUUGAAUACACAAUACACUCUACUCAUUUCCUUGAGUAAAAUUCUUUACUUAAUCAUCCAUAAUUUUGCUGUGGUGCCAAGCACUUUCUUAGUUUGCCAUUCAUUUUAUGUCACUGAAAGAAAAUGCCUGUAAUUGUUUUAGGAGUAAGCUUUGAUUUAGCUGCAUCCUUCCCCCACCAUGCUGUGCUAAACAGUGAAGCAACAAACCAUAUAGAAGUAUCAGUCACACGUGUUCCAGUGACUCAGCACACUAGAAUAUUCAAAAUCCAGUAUAAAUUCUUGGGGUUUUUUUCUUUUUCGAAGCAAAGUAUGUUCUGAAUAAUGUUCCAUAUGGAUCUCAACGUAUUAACUUCUGUGUAAUAUAUGGGAAUAUGUCUGUCUUCUUUCUGUACUGUAUGUUUUUCAUUGUUCCUGCAGACAUAGCUGCUGCUGUUCUAAUAAUCUUCUUAUGGCUAAAUUGUUUGCCACUGCUCUUAUCAGCAUUCUUUGACCAACUAGAAGCAGAGCCAUUGCCAGGGUGUCUUUCAAUUAAUCAUUAACAUUCACAAAGACCUAGCUCCCUAAUGAGCGGUGUAUAGUACUAUUCCUGCUAUUAUUCAAGUGAAGCCAGUCUGAAAAAGCACACACACAAAAGGGAAGAGGGUGGAGAGAGUUCUUUCUAGAGCUCCGGCAUUCAUUAUGCUUCUUCCCUAGAUGCAAACCACUUCAUUCUUUCCAAUGUGUUUCCGGGGAGUGUGUGCCUGUGCAUUGCAGAAUUAAGGAGUCAGCAGAAAAAAAGGGCGUUCUGUUCUCACAAGAAUGAACAAAGCAUGUUUGGUACAGGAAAACUAAGGCAUUUUUAAAAGAAAUUAAAACAGACAACACCACAUGUCCAUAGGUGGGAAUCAUGCGUAUUGCCUGAUUUACUUGAGACUCAAAUUCAUUCUGAACCAUUUUGUUAAGUAAUAACACACAGCAGUGCUGAUACAACAGCAUCAUUGGUGAAUAGUGGGUAUUCUAACGCAGAGGGGGGAAAUGUCAGUGGUGGGACACUGUAGCCUGCAGUUUCUUGUAGUUUUUCUUUAAAAAAAGAAAAAUGCCUCUUUAGGUUUACAAUGAACGUUGCUGACCUUAUCAUUAUUGGAACUAUGUAACAAACAUUAAAAUGAAAUAAUUUAGAAGAAAAAGUAAUAGGAUGUUAAACAUUAACUUUAAAUAGUUAUAUUUUUUAACAAUAAAAUGUUUUUGUAAGAAACUUAGAGCUCUCUCCUCCCUCCCUGUGUGGAUCCCAGCCAGUGGGGUGGCCGGUUUCUGUAGCAUUUCACCUAUGACCAUGAAGAAUAUACUUUCAUUUUAAAAAUUCCCCCAAAACUAGAGCAGCAUACACCUACUGAUUAAGGCCUUGAUCCAGCAAGUUGGUCCAUAAAGGCAAGCCUCUAUGCCUAUAUAGUCAAUGGAAAUCAACGGAGCAGCUUACAGGAUUAAGACCUGAGCUUUCUUAUAAUUUAAAAAAAUUAAAAAAAAAAAAACAGUUAAAUUCAUGAUCUUGUGUUACGCAGUAUUGGAAGCAACUUCUUUACAGAGUCCUGGGGUGAGAGGAGUUCUCUAUAACAUGUUGGUUUAAUCUACCAAUGUAUGGAUUGUAACUAUUAAUAAUUUUAACCUUUGAUGUCCUCAUGCAAGUGACCGGGGUUUCAACCAAUACACUGCAUUGUAAUAUCAUCCCUGGUCAGAAACCACAUGAAUCAACUGCUCACUUUAUUUUCCAGUCAUUUUAUGUGUUUACAAAAUAUGCAUUUUGCUGUAAUCAUCUGUCUUGAGUUACAAUUUAAUUUGUUAGAAUUUUAACUUAUAUGUGGCCACAAAUAUAUUUGAUGUGUGAAGGCAUAAAACAAACAAAAAUGGAUGAUUUCUUCUUCACACCUCACUGGGUUAAUUUCAGGCCGGUGUAUACAAAAAUAACCAUCCCACUGAAAAUAUAGUUCCAUGCCUUGAAUAUAAUUUACUGAUAUAGUCAAGGUGCUGAUUCUUGGUAACUAAUUUGUGUCUCCUAAAUCCCAAAAAAUAGCUAAAACAAAAGAAAAAAUGUAUGUGCUUUCUUUAUGCUGAGCAAAAUUCUGCUCUUAAUUUUCCCCAGUAGACCUCAAGUAAAAGUAAUGGAGUUGAAACAAGGCAACUGGGAGCAGAAUUUGGCACACUGUCUUUAGCAUACAAAACAUGGUGUGUCUAUGUGCCCUGAUAUUCUGUGUUUUGUAACAUGACAACGUAUAUAUAUUGUAUAUAAAGUACAAAGAUUUUUAAGUUAAAUUUCCAUUCCACACAUUCAUUUUCAGAUCCACAAUUUUGUACUGAGAUCUUGGCAAUGGCCCUGACCUUUUUGGUUUUUUACUGCUCUGUAUGAUCUCCUGUAAUGUGGGUUACAGUUAUCACUACUGUAUAUAUGUGCUUGCAUGUGUGUGCAUUGAUAAAUUCUCACUUUCAGGUUUCUGGAUUUUUCAUUCCAAGUACAGCUGGUACAAUUGUGAACUCAUCUUUCUGGCAUGCUCCUCUGUGUCAGAUUGCCAAAAUGCUUGACCAAGUGUAUAAAGUCCCCUGAGAAAAGCUGUCUGUAUAACUGUGAAAGGGCAUGCUCUGUGUAGGAUGACGAUGUACAGUAUAAAUCUAUAAAAUGUGGAAGUGUGUAUAAAUUUAUCUGCCAAAUACCUAUCAUACAUGUAACAAAUGCAAAGAUAUUUAAUGUACAUCAAAUUAAUAAAGGGGCAUUUUUUGCUCUACUAUAUUCCAAUAAAGAGUUGUUCUUUGCAAUGAAUGUACACCA